UAGACUGCCUGCCUUCUCCAAACUGUGGAGCUCACCGCUAGUGCAGACAUCAGCUGGGAGCAAGAUCCGCCCGUCCGCAAGAAGCACGCUGAUUCUCUUCCCAAUUCUUCACUGAGUCAAAAACUAUGGGGUCUGAGGGAACUCGCGUGCCCGAUAUCAGAGCACCUAUCAAGGACGGCAUCGUUUUUUCACCCUACCCGCCUUUGAAGCUGCGUGAUGAUAAGACAUUCUAUCAGUACAUCAGGAGAUGUUUCUUGGAAAGGGCUGAACGCCCAGCAUUGGAACGCAAUGGCGAGUGGCUCACAUUCGCCGACAUGCUCAGACUCAUGGAGCGCUACGCCAGUGGGUUCCAGAGUCACGGAGUAUCAUGCGGAAGCCGCGUCUGCGUCAACAUGAACAACUCAGCCGAGGCCAUCGCAGCCAUCUAUGCACUCUGCUGUGCCGGAGCAGCGGUUGUCCUGACGAGACCAGGGCUCACAGAACGUGAAGUUUUCUACCAGGUUGAAGACAGUGGCGCUACCUUCAUUCUCACAGAAAAACAGAAUUGUAAUAAGGUUUUGAGCAUUCAUAAGUCACGGCCAUUCAAGGCCAUGUUCUGUGUGGACAGAGUCGAGGGCUUCCACUGCAUCGACGACUUCGAGAACGAAGACGCCACAAGCUUCGUCGAGCCAUCGAUCGACGACACCCGCUCGCACGUGCUGGUCUACACCUACACGUCAGGAACGUCAGGUCUUCCGAAGGGAGUAGAGAUCAGCAUGAGCGCGUACAUGGCGUCCAUAGAAAUCUGCCGGGAGGCGGAAAUAUUCUACGAGGAAGAUGUGUACCUCGGCUGGAACCCUGUGACUCAUGCCGCGGGUUUCAUUCUUGCCGCGUCCGCCCUGUGUUCUGGUGCGCGGGUGGUGCCAUCGCGGAGUGGCCUACCUGCAAAGGAGUUCGUCCAGACUGUCAACAAACACCAGGUGACAUCCCUUGCAGCAUUCCCAACGGCUUUCCGCAAGCUUGUAUUCGAACUGGACGAAGGCGCCGUGCCCACCGUAAAGCGGAUACUCAUGUGUGGCACGUCAACUGCCGAGGAAGUGUACCAGAGGGUACUGAAGGUAUUUCAGCCCAAGAGCCUACGGAACGGGUACGGUCUCUCGGAAAUCGUCGGCUAUGCCUGUAUGACAGCGCCAAACACGAUAGGUCUUUCCGACGCAGGUCACCCUCUACCAUCGGUGCAGUACAAGAUUGUGGACCGCGUAACAGGCCUUCCACUGGGAGCCGGCGAAGUUGGUGAAAUCACUUUUCGAGGCCCGCAUCUCAUGAGAGGCUACCAUAAAAAGCCGGAAGCUACAGCGGAAGUUCUGGACGAAGACGGGUGGUUUCGAUCAGGAGACGCGGGCUAUCGCGACGACACCGGGAAGUUGCACGUUGUGGAGCGCCUGAAGGACAUGAUCAAGUGCUUGGACCAGCAGCUCGCGCCGGCAGAGCUGGAGGCCCUGCUUUCGCAGCACCCCCUGGUGGCAGAAGCUGCUGUAGUAGGCAUUGACCACCCGGACCUGGGUGAAGCACCCACGGCCUUCGUUGUGGCCGAAGGCCGUGUCGAAGCGGAAGAGCUCAAGCAGCUGGUAGCUGAGCAAGCGGCGCGCCACAAGCACCUUCACGGCGGGGUUGUCUUUGUAGACCACAUUCCCAAGACGGACACCGGAAAGAUCAUGAGGAGACAACUGCGCUCGAAGUACUUGGAUAAAUUGUCGAAAGGACUGUGAAAGCCCUAAGGGAGGAAAUUCAGCUAGCAUAUAUAGCAUUCUACUUACUUGCUUAGCAGAAUAGUAUUGCAAGGAUAUGAUUUAACCACUCUGCUCGCACCGAGACACGCAAAAUAAGUAGAGCAAAAGGAUAUGCCGAGCACCAUCAACAUCUACCGCGAGUCACUGAAGCUCAUUCGGGACGUUCAACUUUCUUUGGCAUUUCCAUUCAGAACAGCCAUACUUUAUUAUAGCAUGACAUAUUGCUGACGGUUCCAUUAAAUAUGCGUUUCUGAAAGUC